ACGGUCUUUCCGCCCAGAUGCCAGCAACGCAUGCGUAGUUCAAAUAGCGUCGCUGUAGGAAAGAUGGCGGCGGCGGCUUUGGCGCUGCGCUCGGCGUUUCGGCAGUUCUUCCCCAUGUCAUGCGUUGGUCAAAUAAGGGGUUAUUAUGUGGACUGGAGGAUGCUACGUGAUGUUAAGAGAAGGAAAAUGGCUUUUGAUUAUGCAGAUCAGAGAUUACGGCUGAAUUGCAUUAGGAAAAAUAAAAUUUUGCCUAAAGAACUCCAGGAAAUUACUGAUAAGGAGAUCGCCAAUCUGCCCCGAGAUAGUUGCCCUGUGCGGAUCCACAAUCGAUGUGUUCUGACAUCCCGACCAAGAGGUGUGAAAAGGCGAUGGAGGCUCAGCCGUAUUGUCUUCCGCCAUCUGGCUGACCAUGCCCAGCUCUCUGGGAUACAGAGGGCAAUGUGGUGAGCUACGAGCAAGUAGUUUCUUCAAACAUGACAAAACUGAGUCCUCUUUGAAACUUCCUGAAUAUAUAACUCAUGGUACACAAGGAUGAAAGAUGGUGAGUGCUAAUUAUGUUGACAAGGUUGUCAGUCUGAUAUUAUGAAGAUGUAAACCUGCUCUUGUAUCUUAGGAGAAGACAUGAAAAUAAACUGUCUCAGACUUGA